AUGCAUCCAGUAAUCUUCUUCUCCAGAAUGGAUUUUAGUCAGAGCAACUUAUUUGGAUACAUAGAAGACCUGCAGGAACUAACUAUUAUAGAGAGGCCAGUGCGCAGGAGCCUGAAGACACCAGAAGAAAUAGAAAGAUUGACAGUUGAUGAAGAACUCAGUGAUAUUGAAAGGGCUGUUUAUCUACUCAGUUCUGGCCAGGAUAUCCAAGGAACGAGUGUGGUGGCAAAUCUUCCAGCCCUGAUGCGACAGAAUCCUGCAGAAACACUUCGUCGGGUUUUACCAAAAAUCAGAGAGGUGCUGCAUGUUGCAGGAGUGGAAAUGCAGUUAACAGCUGCUGUUUCAUUUUUGACUGUUCUGCAAGAGGAGUCAGUGUCCAUUCAUACGUACUCCCACUCCUUCCUACACAUCAUUCUCCAGAACCUGGAACACAGAGAUGCAGGUGUCAGCAAUGCAUGGCUAGAAACUCUUCUUGCUGUAAUAGAAGCUUUACCAAAAGAGACUAUCAGACAUGAGAUCCUGAAUCCACUUGUUUCCAAAGCACAGCUUUCUCAAACACUUCAGUCCCGCUUAGUUAGUUGUAAAAUCAUGGGAAAAUUAGCUAACAAAUUUGAAGCUCAUAUCAUUAAAAGAGAGAUUCUUCCCUUGGUAAAAUCACUGUGCCAGGAUGUGGAAUAUGAAGUUAGAACUUGCAUGUGUCGGCAACUGGAACAUAUAGCUAAAGGAAUAGGGACAGAACUAACAAAAACUGUGGUGCUUCCAGAGUUAGUAGAACUGGCAAGAGAUGAGGGCAGCAGUGUACGCCUUGCAGCUUUUGAGACGUUAGUGAAUCUGCUUGAUGUGUUUGAUGCAGAUGAUAGGAGUCAAACCGUGCUCCCCUUAGUGAAAUCAUUCUGUGAAAAAUCCUUCAAAGCAGAUGAAUCUAUCCUAGUUUCUUUAUCUUUCCAUUUAGGGAAACUGUGUAAUGGAUUAUAUGGCAUUUUUACUCCGGAACAGCACUUACGUUUUUUGGAAUUCUAUAAGAAGCUUUCCACACUGGGUUUACAACAGGAAAAUGGACACAAUGAUAAUCAACUACAACUUCAAACUUUGGAACAGGAAAAGAAGUAUAUUUCAGUGAGGAAGAACUGUGCUUACAAUUUUCCAGCCAUGAUUGUUUUUGUGGAUCCAAAGAACUUCCAUUUAGAACUGUAUUCUAUAUUCUUCUGCCUUUGUCAUGACCCUGAAGUUCCCGUCAGGUAUACUAUGGCCAUAAGCUUCUAUGAAGUUGCUAAGCUUUUAAAUUCUGGUGUGUAUACAAUACAUAAAGAACUGGUUACACUAUUACAGGAUGAGUCAUUGGAGGUGUUAGAUGCCCUGGUUGGUCACCUUCCUGAAAUCCUUGAACUGAUGACUAAUGGAGGAGAAAACAGUGGAUCAGAAAGCAAGUUAUUGUCUAUUCCUGACUUGAUUCCUGCAUUAACAACAGCAGAACAGAGAGCAGCAACUUCUUUAAAAUGGAGGACUCAUGAGAAGUUACUACAAAAAUAUGCAUGUCUCCCUCAUAUCAUACCAAGUGAUCAGAUUUAUUACCGUUUUCUUCACCGAAUGUUGACAAUCAUUUUGACAAACAACGUCCUGCCAGUCCAAAAAGCAGCUGCUCGAACUCUCUGCGUUUAUUUGCGUUAUAAUCGCAAACAAGAACAGAGGCAUGAGGUUAUUCAGAAACUGAUUGAACAACUGGGCCAAGGAAAAAGUUAUUGGAACAGACUUCGUUUUUUAGAUACUUGUGAAUUCAUUAUGGAACUGUUUUCAAAAUCAUUCUUCUGUAAAUACUUCUUUCUACCUGUGCUUGAACUUACACAUGAUCCAGUGGCAAAUGUGAGAAUGAAGCUAUGCUAUUUGUUGCCAAAAGUUAAAUCUACUCUGAAGAUUCCCACGGAUAAACAUUUACUUCAGCAGUUGGAAUUAUGUAUAAGGAAACUUCUGUGUCAAGAGAAAGACAAAGAUGUCCUGACUAUUGUAAAAAGAACAGUAUUAGAAUUGGACAGAAUGGAGAUCUCUGUAGAUGCUUUUCAGAAAAGAUUUUACGAAAAUGAUUUAUUGGAUCAAGAAAAAGAGAGACAAGAACAUCUUCUUUUGGAAAUGGAACAAUUUGAAAAAGAGAAGCAGCAAAACGAAGGAAGAUCUACAAAUAUUAAUGAUAAAAUGUUUGAAAAGAAGCGUAGAGACAGUAAAACAUCAUCAGUGUUGGGAAAAAGUAUCACUCUCUCUGUUCCUGGAAGCUCUUCUAGUACAUCAGCAGGCAAAGAAGACAAAAAAUCCAAGUUGGUUCGAAGCCAGUCUUUCAGUACUCAAGCACUACAUCCAAAAUACAGCAACAUAGACAAGUGUCCUAAUAAAAGCUCUGCUACAGGAUAUACAUCUUCAGUAUCAGGAAUGGGAAAGAGUUGUAUGUUAUCCUUUAGUGAUGAUUCAUUCCGGACUCAUUCUACUGGUAAUAGUGGGAAUGUUGCCUUCCCUUCCAGUUGUUCUUCUCGCAACUUAUUUAACUCAGCUGACCAAAAGAACAAUGGAAAUAAGGAGAGUCAGUCCCGAAAGAUGAGCAUAAAAAACAGAAAAUCAAACUCUUAG